AUGAUAAAAGAAGUGUCUCGAAAAGCUAAAACUAAACCUAUCCGAAGAAAAUUUCGGUGCGUCUCUGGUGGCAAGAAAGCCUUCGUCUUCCUCGUCCAAUUCUGCGUUGAAUUCUUUGUUGGAGGAUCUAAAUUUCUGAAUGCAACUGAAGAUGUCAUGUUGCAGAGCUCCGUCACGCUGAACUCGGAUUCUGAAGUCAUGACAGUGGGUGCACAAGAUAACAUGCAGCAAAUGGACAAAUUCAACGCAAGGGCAGUAACCCUUGAUGGUUACUAUGGCUCUCAACAGAGCGUUCAGGGGAUGUUGAACUUGAUGGGACCAACACGUGAUAGUUAUUAUGGGAAUCAACAGACAAUUCAGGGGCUGGGACAGUUAAGUUCCAUACCAACAAGCCAGGAUGGUUACUAUGGUGCUCAUCAAAGCAUGCCUGGUCUGGCACAGCUUGAUUUUUUCCGGGCAUCGACAAAUUUCACUUAUGGCAUUCGGGAUGAUCCAAAUGUAAGACCGACACAAUUGCAUGAGGACCCAUCAAGACAUGCAUGAGUAUAUGUAGCAUGAUACAGAAUAUCUGUUGUUUAUUAUAGAUCUUGUUAAUAAAUGGUUAAAGGGUGUAGUGAUAAAGAUAUGGUAGAGGUGGUUGGUUGUAUUGUGGUUCUGAUUCUUUAGGCGGCAUGUUAAAUUGUAAUCAGUAUUGUCGUUUGUCAUAAAAUUUUUUAAAUGUUCUUCAUUUUCCACUGAUUCAUAUUUAGUUUAUCAUCACUUUCUUUAGCUUCUUUUCUCCAAGAUAACUAGUCAAAAUUUGUGCGUUAGCGUUUAGUGGAUGCCCGAAUGGUUACUGAUUUGAGUUUCCCUUUUUAAUGAUGAAUUUAUUUCCAAUUUUCUCUUCAAAAAUAGGUAAAAUUACAAGAUUGCCUAUAUUUAGAUAGAAACACUAUUUUUAGAAAUUGCUGUAUCAUUUCGUACUCUCACCAAUUGCCCAUAUUGACUAAAAUUUUAAUAGUAUAACAGAAUAUUUUUGUUCCCAUAAAAAUUAUUUGUAGGUUGAUACAAGUAUUUAAAUAAUAAGUUGAUAUCUAACAAUUUUCUCCUUUCAAAGAGUUAAUUUGUUAUUUGUUCUUGAUUACUGCAAAAGUAAAUUAUUAACUAUAGUACUGCAUUUUGAUUUUUUAUACCCAAUUAUAGUAUUUUGAUUGCCGAAAAAAAUUUCGGUUAUAAUAAAGAAACCGAAAUACAUAUAUAAUAUAUUUUUAUUAUAAUAAAUGUGUAUAUGAGUGUCUGUGAGCUUAAACGAUGGGUUAAAAUAUAUUUAUAUUUAAUUAUAAUAAAUCAUAUUGAAUAAUUAAAUAUCAUUAAUUUGUGGUUCUAAUUGUAAUUUAUUAUGUUUUUCUUAUUUAAAAUAACCUUUUUGGUUAUUAAUGGAAUUGAAGCAUCUUAGUUAAUUCGAUUUUGGUUAAUGUGAUUAAUUGGUUUCAAUUCAAUAUUUAACUUUUGUUGUAACUGGGCGUUUGUUUUGUUUUUUUAGCUUGACUUGUGUUUGAUGCAACAUGCUCACACACGGUAGCCUGUAUCACCGAAAUGAUGCCUUGAAUUCCUCUCCUCUCUAUAGUAUAUAUCCGUCAGAUACAGCACCCAACAUACCUCACUCUAGUAAUUCCUCUCCUCUCUUGCCUUUAGUUGCUUAUUUUCAGGUGUCGAACAGAAAGAGAGCAUGACAAAUCAUUCCAUCGACCGCAUGGCUGACAGAACAAGCAAGACGCUGAAAGUUCAACUGGUCGAAGAUCUCGUUCAAAGACUGAUUGCAAGGCAAGCGUGCAUGUAAAAAGAAGGCGUGAUGGAAAAUGGGUAGUUCACAGUUUUGUGAGGGGGCAUAAUCAUGAGCUUUUACCAGCUCAAGCUGAAACUAGGCAUGACUAUAUGAACUUUUGUGAUGUGGUUUCUUCUGAUAUAAUCUAUGUUACGAACAAAUAUAAGUUGCCUCUCUUGCGCUUUUGUUGGACUAAAUCUGCACUAUCAAUUUUUACUGCUUGGGCGUGCCUCAAUAUCAGAUGAAAGUUGUAACUUGAUCCAGAAUAUCUGUUGUUCAUUACGGAUCAUCUUAAUAAAUGGUAGAAGGGUUUGGUGUUAAAA